CUCACAUCUCUGUCUCCUAUCUCAAGGAGCGCUCGUCCCGUUAUUCGCUUUUAUUGCCAAUAGCUAGAAUAAUUGUGUUUUCUAGAACAGGAAAAAUCAUCGUUUUGGCGCAAUAGGCAUUGCAUGCCAAGCUAUCGACAUGUCGUAUACAUGAUAUACAUGGAGAUAACAGCUUUCUUGUCGGUGGGCGAAAUUUGUCUCCAUUAUUAAUAAUCAUCGGGAAGAUUCUCACUGGUUUAUCAAAACGCAAGUAUGUCAGGAAAACAUUUCAACGUCCACGAAGUGGGCUGUUGUAUCAAAUACUUCAUAUUCGGAUUUAAUAUUAUAUUUUGGCUGCUCGGGGUGGCUUUCCUGUCUGUGGCUCUGUGGGCCUGGAGUGAGAAGGGAGUUCUCUCCAACAUCUCCUCCAUCACAGAUCUGGGUGGGUUUGACCCAGUGUGGCUGUUUCUCGUGGUGGGUGGGGUGAUGUUCGUGCUGGGCUUCGCCGGAUGUAUUGGGGCGUUGAGAGAAAACUCCUUCCUACUCAAGUUUUUUUCCGUCUUUCUUGGAAUCAUAUUUUUCCUGGAGUUGACAGCAGGAGUCUUGGCGUUUGUCUUUAAAGACUGGAUCAAGGACCAGCUCAAGUUCUUCAUCAACAACAAUAUUAGAGCCUACAGAGAUGACAUUGACUUACAGAAUCUCAUUGACUUUACGCAAGAUUAUUGGGAGUGUUGUGGAGCAUUUGGGCCUGAAGACUGGAAUCUGAAUAUCUACUUUAACUGUACCGACACUAAUCUGAGCAGAGAGAAAUGUGGUGUUCCCUUUUCCUGUUGCACCAAGGACCCUGCUGAGGACGUAAUAAACACACAGUGUGGAUAUGACAUUCGAGCGAAAAGUGACACUGAACAGAAGUUGUUUAUACACAUAAAAGGAUGUGUACCACAGUUUGAGAAAUGGCUACAAGAGAAUCUAACAGUAGUUGCCGGAAUCUUCAUAGGAAUUGCACUUUUGCAGAUAUUUGGGAUCUGUCUAGCUCAGAAUCUCCUGAGUGACAUUGAGGCGGUCAGAGAGAGCUGUUUAUUCACCUGAAAUGCUUGAGCCAUUCCGCAGACAGAGCCUUCAUCUUUCUGUCUCUCAGCAACAGAAUUGGCACAUUGUCAUCACAGUAACUUAGCAGCCAGCGAGGGAGUCCAUUCACAUACUUCUUUUAUUACAAUGUACAGUGACAUCCUAUUGAUUCCAUGAUAGUGGUGUCCAACGUUAGAUUUGUAUUAUUUUGAAUUCACCUCUAAUCCUCUGAUCCAAACAUCAGACACAAAUUAAUUUAAAUAGUAUUAACAUGCUGACUCAACACGCAAUUUCUAAAGAGUACCCAUAAUGUUACAAUAAACAAAUAAGGGUGCAUUCUUUCAUUGCAUCUGCACUAUUUUUAAAUUGUUUGUCUAUGUAAAAGUACACUUUAAAUGUUGCAUUUUUAAGACGCUGUGUCAAGUUAAAAAUAGUUAAACUUGUAAAAGUAAAAGCAUGUCUGGAGAACCUGUAAUCAGUUUAUUUCAUUGCACAUGAUGUGUGUUUGCCCCUUAACACAUUUCUGCCUAAUUGCAGUUGAUGCAGAAGAUGCAGUGGUGUUAAAGGUGCUAUCAGUCAUGAGUUUCCAUGUUUGUAGGCAAAUACAAACACACUCACUCAGUAUUUAAAGGUCAUUGUAUACCCAAACAGAAUCUGCAACAAAAAAAAAAUUCACAUUUUUUGCACUGAUUGUGUCGGUAAAUCAGUAGAAUUAUUUUAAAUGAAUUCAAAUAUGGUCAAAUGUGUUAAAAAAUGUUGAGAUUACUAUACUUAUAUUGGUGGCUAAAAGCAUUGUUCAGUUAUCCAUAGUAUUUAAUAAACAAACAAGCAAGGGUCAGGAUUGUUCUAAUUUUGUGAAUGACAAGCGUUCAUAUUCUACAGAGCUUUUAGUAGAAUUUUGUGGGUGCCGAUUCAGUGCAGGCGUAGUUUUUAGUGAGACACACUAAAUUGUGCAAAGUAAAGAGUUACUGUACGUCUCCUGAACACUAUAUGAGUGUUUAGCUCUCAUGAUGACGUGAAAUGUACAUAAUUCAUUGAGACUAUAUGUUUAUUUUGUUCACAUUGUCACAUUGUGUAUAUUGCCUGUUAAAUUGAUUUUAUAAAAACAGUUGCUUUUGAAACUAAGGGAAAAUGCAUUGCAUGCAUAUUCGAAUAACACCUACAUUUUCCCAGUGUGAAAAUAUUUUUGUGAGUGGUUGUUUAUCUGUACUGGGUUUUGAAAUUAUAGACACUGUGUAAGUAAUGGUGUCACUAGAAUGUUUAAAAAAAAUUAGCACUUAGGUUUGAUGGCUUUGAUUUAAACUGGUGAGGUAAACCCAGAACAAAACCCACUAAUGUGAGUAUAUGGGUGAAUUUCUCAAAGUCUGUCAAGAACAUGACACAUUUCACUUCAAAAUCAAAAGACAAAAUAAGAAAUUCUGUUUUGCAUAAAGAAAAAUAAAGCAUAUUAUGGUGCCAUUUA